AUGGAAGGGUUCAAGUCUAAGUGGGAAAAAUUUAAGAGAUACGUUUCUGGGAGUCCAGUUGAAGGUGAGAAAUACGAUGAGGCUCCUAAGGUCGAGGAUUUGCCUCAUAUGGUCGAUGCAGACGGUGCUCUUGUUGCAGUUUCUUCCGGGAAACACGAUUUGUCCCCGGUGAUGUCUGCCAAGUACAAUAUUCAACCUGGGAAAUCCAAUAAUGGUUUGGCUGAAAACAAGGCCAUUGACGAUACUAUUAAUUAG